CCACAUGGCCUACCUACGUGGUCGCUCCGGAGCUCGAAACCGAAGCUGACAACCGUCAUUGAAACUUCUCAAGCCGUCGCCGGAAAACAUAAUGCUCCGAACUCUCCGCUCCCGGCGGCGUCCCCGCUGCGGCGCUCACGUCUGCGCUCUGAUCUCCGCCGUCCUCCUCCUUCUCUCCGUCUCCCUCCUCUACACCCGCCUCUCCUCCACCACCGCCGCCGCGGACGCCGUCUCCAGUCGCAUCCUGUCCGAUUCCGCCGCGGAAUCCGUCGACAGGCUCGAGCUCGGAGGGGACGACAAGAUCGACGAGCUCGACAUCAUCGAAGAGGAGGCCGAUAGGAGCGGGGCGUCGAAUUCGCGGUGGGAAAGCGAGGACCAGGACGAGGACGACGAGCCGGAGGUCGACCGCUCGACGCCCGCUGGUAAUAAUUACUUCUAUGACCACGUGACCGGGUCCAUACGUCGAGCAUUUAGCAAGCGCUCGAUCGACGAGUGGGACUAUGAUGGCUCGAUUUUGGGUCUAGGAUCGAUUCCUGAUGAUCGCAGUAAGACGGCAUUUGGAUCCGAUGAUAUUCCAGUGGACGAGGGUUUGAGAAGGAAGGUGACUGAAGUGAUGAGCGUGGAGGAUGCUCUACUGUUGAAGGUGAAUAAGAGGAUUUCGCCGCUGAGAGAAGGGUGGGGCGAUUGGUUUGAUAAGAAAAGCGAGUUCUUGAGGAAGGAUAGAAUGUUCAGGUCCAGUCUAGAUAUUUUGAAUCCGUUGAACAAUCCAAUGUUGCAGGACCCGGAUGGGGUUGGCGUAACCGGUUAUACAAGAGGAGAUAGAUUGGUGCAGAAAUGGUGGUUGAAUGAGUUCAGGAAAGUGCCGUUUCCUGUCAAGAAGCCAUUAGGGAUCUCAGAGGAUGCUCAUGGAGCGCAAUUGCGUGAAAACAAUAAUGUGGCUAGUAGUAGGAAGACUGGUAGUGCAAAGAGUCAAGAUAGUGAAUUUGAAAGGAGAGGUGAGAUUAGGAGGGCGGAGCGACGGACAUUAGAUAACAAUGUGAGGAAUGCGUCCAAUAGUGUUGUGAUAAAUGAUGGAAGUGAGGCUAAUGGACGUGAAAAUAGUCGGAGUGCAACAAUUCAAGAGAAUAGGAGGAGUUCUGAGAUCGAAGGUCAUGUAUAUGCAGAUGGAAGGAGAUGGGGUUACUACCCUGGCUUGCAUCCUGGGCUAACAUUCACAGAAUUCAUGAAUGCAUUUUUCAGAACAGGUACAUGUCACUUAAGAGUUUUUAUGGUGUGGAACUCGCCACCAUGGAUGUUUGGUGUUCGACAUCAAAGGGCCCUGGAGAGUGUGCUCUUACAGCAUCGAGAUGCUUGUGUUGUUGUGUUCUCUGAGACUGUCGAGCUCGAUUUCUUCAGAGAUAGCUUUCUGAAGGAUGGAUACAAAGUUGCUGUUGCCAUGCCAAAUCUUGAAGAAUUGCUGAAAGAUACACCCACCCUCAUAUUUGCUUCUGUUUGGUUUGAGUGGAGAAAGACGAAGUUUUAUCCUACUCAUUUCAGUGAGCUAAUCCGGCUUGCUGCUCUUUACAAAUAUGGUGGAAUAUAUAUCGAUUUUGAUGUCAUUGUGUUGAAAUCACUCUCUUCUCUCAACAACACUGUUGGUUUGGAGAGUCGGCUUGAUCGGCAUUCUUUCAAUGGUGCUGUAAUGGCAUUCAGGAGGCAUAGCCCCUUCAUAAUGGAGUGUUUGAGGGAGUUCUACUUGGUGUAUGAUGAUACCCAGUUUAGAUGGAACGGGGCUGAUCUUUUGACAAGAGUGGCAGAGAACUUUUCAAGAAGUGGGAGGAGAGAAGUUGAGCUGCUGGAGUUGAAAGUGCAACCAUUCUUCAUCUUCUUUCCUAUUAGUAGCCAAGAAAUUACGAGAUACUUGGUUGCUCCUUCAAUGGAGAUUGAACGUGCACAACAAGAUUCUCUUUUCAGAAAAAUUCUGGAUGAAUCCUCGGCGUUUCAUUUUUGGAACAGCAUUACUUCUACUCUAGUUCCUGAGCCAGGAAGUCUUGUAUCCAGGCUAAUUGACCACAGAUGUAUCCAUUGCUCUGACAUAUUGUGAAAUUCACCCAAUUUUUCCUCAAGUUGAUUGAAGACUUCAACUGGCACCCUAAUUGGCUAGAAGCAUGCACUGGUCAAAUGCUGUGGAGAUUCAGUUUUUUUGCUCAGAUUUGUGGCCCUGUUUUUGGUUAAGAUUAGGGGCCCUAUGUAUUUCUUGUAUUAAUGAUUAGGAAAAUUCCAUGAAGAA